AUGUCGAGAGUGUCUGGCAGGGAUCUUAUCUAUGGAGACGAGAAGGUGUAUCUGAACGGUGUCAACAUCGCCUGGAACAACUACGGCAACGACUUUGGCAACGGCGUCUACGACGGUACUCUGGAGACCUGGGUGCAGGAGAUUGGCAGCGCCGGUGGCAACUCCAUCCGUAUAUGGGUGCAUGUGGAGGGUGACAACACCCCGAACUAUGACGACAACGGCUUCGUCACCGCCUGCGACAGGACUGGUGACUUCGAGAACAAUGUUCUCUCGCUGCUGGACGCUGCACUGGAGAACAACGUGCUGGUGGACUUUUGCAUGUGGAACGGCGCCAUCCUCAGGAACCAGAAAACCAUCGAUAUGAUAUAUGACGACGCCAAGCUUGACUCAUACAUAGAGAACUGCCUCACUCCUCUGAUGGAGAAGAUCAAGGGGCACCCCGCUCUCGGGUCAUACGAGGCCAUGAACGAGCCGGAGGGAUUAUUGAAGAUGGGUGGCAUUGGCAGGAGUUUGCUCGUUCAGAGCGGUAUCAUGUCGACCAGAUAUUAGUGGUAUUAAGUCUUAUCCAGGAGACGAAGAAAGACAGUGUCUUCUUGAGAUGUAACAGACUUACUACACAAGACCACAUUGGCUAGCUUGCUAUAUAGGCUGAAGACCCACGUUGUAUCUAAAAAAAUAAAAAUAAAUCCA